AUGUCUUCACCGCCAUCCUCGUCGAAAGCUGGACACGCGACUUCGUCGUCGUCGCAAAAGGAUGACACAGCAGCAGAUAGCGAGCUGUCGGCACUUCUCGACAGUGCACUGGAUGAUUUUGGCCGAUUGAAGAAUACAGACGAUGAAAUCGACUCGAUCAUGGAGAAUAUGGAUCAAGAGGCAGCACAGAAGGCGGCCAGCCAUUUCGAUUCGUUGUUGAAGAAUCUUACCUUAAAUACUGCAGCCAAUCAACAGAAUGCUGAAGCAACAACGAAUAAUCCAGCGAUGAGUAGUAGCAGUAGCACACCGCAAACACCAAUGACUGAAGAGGAGAGGCGAGCCGCAGAGAACUUCCAAAAGAUGCUCAAAACACUCGUCGAGGCUGAAGAGAAAGCGAUCAACGAGACUCGUACCAACCCAGAGGCACAACCAUCUGAAGCUGAAGCAGCUGAAGCGAGUGCUUUCCUUGAACAACUCAAGGUUAUUACUAUAUCUUUGAUGGAAAAUUAUAUUCUUUUGGUUUCAUCAUCUCGUCAUAUAGGUUUCAUUUGA